AAUCACUUGAAAUCCGAAUGCUAUCAAUUAAAAUCAGCAAGAACACAGUUUUUCUAAAGAUAUGGUCACAUCUGCUCGUGUAUCUUAUCAAGGAACUUGCUAUAUAACAGUAGGAGACACAACUUGCAAACACAUUACACACACUCUGCUGUGAGUUAUACGUUCUUAAGGUUGAAGAGAAAGUAAAGAAAUAAAGAUGAGGAGCUUCAUGAUCGUCGUAGUGCUGUCAGCACUCGCAGCCUGCUAUGAUGCCGCUGUCCUCCCGAGCGAGGAGCAGAUGUCUCAAGUCAUAGUAUUCGACGAGAAGUCACCCAACGGAAUGGUUCUAUCCAGAGCUGACUUUAAUGCCAGAUAUGGCGGUUUUGUACUACUCUCUGAAUCGAAAGAUUUCGUGCCAGCGGUUGAAGGUCAAGAGCAGAGCAUCACUAAGAUGAGGAGCUUAAUGAUCAUCGUAGUGCUAUCAGCACUCGCAGCCUGCUAUAACGCCGCUGUCCUCCCGAGCGAGGAGGAGAUGUCUCAAGUCACCAUAGUAUUCGACGAGAAGUCACCUAACGGAAUGGUUCUGUCCAGAGCUGACUUUAAUGCCAGAUAUAGCGGUUUUGUACUACUGUCUGAAUCGAAAGAUUUCGUGCCAGCGGUUGAAGGUGAAGAGCAGAGCGUCACCAAGAUGAGGAGCUUAAUGAUCAUCGUAGUGCUGUCAGCACUCGCAGCCUGCUAUGAUGCCGCUGUCCUCCAGAGCGAGGAGGAGAUGUCUCAAGUCAUAGUAUUCGACGAGAAGUCACCCAACGGAGUAGUUCUGUUCAGAGCUGACUUUAAUGCCAGAUAUGGCAGUUACGAACUGGUGUCCAAAUCGAAUGAUUUCUUGCCAGCGGUUGAAGGUCAAGAGCAGAGCAUCACCAAGAUGAGGAGCUUAAUGAUCAUCGUAGUGCUGUCAGCACUCGCAGCCUGCUAUGAUGCCGCUGUCCUCCAGAGCGAGGAGGAGAUGUCUCAAGUCAUAGUAUUCGACGAGAAGUCACCCAACGGAGUAGUUCUGUUCAGAGCUGACUUUAAUGCCAGAUAUGGCAGUUACGAACUAGUGUCCAAAUCGAAUGAUUUCUUGCCAGCGGUUGAAGGUCAAGAGCAGAGCAUCACCAAGGUGUAUCGAGCUGAGAGUGACAUCAAAAUAAACAUGUUUGUUGUAACUACUCAUUUAAGUCACCUUCCUGAGAUAAUCCAUUCUUCACUGGGGAAGAAUUACGUAGAAAUAACUUUGAAACCUGAACGACUCGGUGAAGGUUUGCAUACAACUCUUGAAAUAUACAGGAGUGCAUGAUCAUAGAACUGAUGCUGGUUACAAACCUAGUGCCUCACCUCCGCAACCUAAUAACCUCUGCAUCAAUAAUGUUAUCUGGUAUAUCACUGAAAAGUGUAAAUAAAUAAUAUUGACAAACCG